CAACGACAAGCGCCACCAGAAACCAACAUUCUCACAGCUGCAAAACACCCUCGUUAACCCACUUUGGAGGCUUAAUCCAAGUCAAACAAAGGAACCGACCUUCCUCUUCCGCUCCUAAUUGCAUAACUGCCACUCUUACUGCACUCCCCUCACAAUCGACCAUUGCGCAUCUUGCGACUUCUACCCUGCGCCCGACCACAUCUCCUACAAUCUCCGAUCAACUCAACUCGCAAUAAUCCACCAUGGGUAACGAUGGUGGCAGUAUCCCCACUCGCCGCGAACUUGUCAAAGAAGCCGCAAAAGCGCUCUCUACGACCCAACUCAAGGAGGCACGAACGGAGCAGCAAGCCUACGCCUGGACGCACGACCCGAUAACUCGAAAACCGCUCGCACAGCCGGUAGUUUCGGAUUCAUCGGGGACGUUGUAUAACAAGGAGACUAUCAUUGAGUAUCUCCUUCAAGAGGAAGGCGAUACGAAAAAGGUGGAAGCGGAGCGGUUCUUACAAGGCCGCGUCAAAAGUCUGAAAGAUGUCGUGGAAGUGAAGUUCCAAGUCGUCGAUGGGAAAGAGGAGAUUGGUGGUGGCUCAGGCAGGACGGAGAAAUGGGUCUGUCCGAUUACGGGGCGGGAGCUUGGGCCGGGGAGCAAGGCUGUAUACCUUGUGCCGUGUGGACAUGCUUUUGCGGGGAGUGUGGUCAAGGAGGUUAGUGGCGAGGUGUGUUUGCAGUGCAACACGGCGUACGCGUCGAACGACAUCAUUCCAAUCCUUCCCGUUGAGCCGACGGAUAUCGCGCACCUGACGCUGAGAGUCCAGACGCUGAAGGAGAAGGGGCUCACACAUGCGCUGAAGAAGGCGCCGGGGAGCAAGAAGCGGAAGAAGCAUGCCGAGAAAGAGACUGCGAACGGCGAAUCUACCUCCACACCCACAGAACCUACCAACGACUCCUCUACGAACGGCGUCUCUAAGGAUAAGCCAUCCUCCACAUCCACGCCAUCUACUUCCUCAACUCCCAAACCCGACCAGCAACGAAACACUCCCGACCCCUCUUCUUCUACUACAACCACCAACUUGUCCAACAUCAAAAACGCGUCCACCGCCUCACUGACGCGGAAAGUCCUCCAAGAGCAGGAAGAACGCAACAAGCGGCGGAAACUGCAACAGAACGACAAUGUCAAGAGUCUGUUUUCAAGUCGGAGUGCGACGCCGAGUCAGGGGAAUAGUAGAGAUUAUAUGACGAGGGGUUUUAGUAUUGGGAAUGCGGGUGGGAACAAGUGAAGGAGGAAAGGCGAGUUGUGCUUGAUUAACAUGAGUACGUACCGCGAGGGGAGAGGAGGUGGGUUCGCGCGUGCGACUGAAUACAUGGGGUAUUUUGGGGCAUGUUCCGUUAUGAUAUGGGAAGUUCUCGCAAACGGACUUUGAGAACAGGAAGAGCCCCCCAAGCUUUGUGCAGUUAAUUCGCCUUGGAACCGCUCGAGUGAUAUAGAUACCCAUGAAUGACUUCCUAAAGCACGUUCGCUGGCAUACAAAAGCAUGGGAAUGUAGAUUCCCUUGCCCUUUGUAUGAAUGUAGACGAAUCCAAGAUACGAGAC